GAAGAAAGCAACAAAAUCGCUCGAUUGCACAACAACAAUAAAAACAACCAAAUAAUGCCCCCGCUAGAACCGAAAAAGGUCGCUAUUAUAGGUUGGAGCCGGCGCAUCAGGCCUCGUCACUGCCAAAACCCUUCUACGGGAUUUCCCUGCAGGGACGUUUUCCCCGACGGUCUUUGAGGCACGGGAUGUGGUGGGUGGUCUGUGGCCUGGUGGCCGUACCGCUACCGACCAUAUAACGACUCAUGUUAAACGGGGAUCUGGAUCUGGGGAUACACCAAGUCUGAAUCCAUCCAUGAGGACGAACCUGAGUCGGUUCUCGGUUGCAUUCUCGGAUUUAUCCUGGGAAUCUGUCUUCGAUGGACAUGGGAAUGUACCUAUGUUCCCGCAGGCAUGGCAGGUGGGGAUGUAUUUGCAAAAAUAUGUAGAUAUGUAUAUCCCUCAUACUGUGCUGAGACUGGGACGCAGAGUCAUGCGAGUCGUCCGUGGAAGAAACAAUAGGCAGAAGAACGCAGGGUGGACUGUCUACUCGGUCACCACGGGAGAAGAAGAAGAAGAAGAAGACUUUGACAUUCUUGUCGUUGCUUCUGGAUACUUCUCGCGUCCAUAUAUCCCAGAUAUCCGCGGCCUGUCUGAAUCUGGCCUCAAGGACAGGAUAAUCCACAGCUCCGCGCUCCGAGAUACAGACGAUUUACUCCCUCUUCUCCGGACUGGUGGCCAGUCCACUGGUACUAAGAAAUUGGUGGUUAUCGGGGGAAGCAUGUCAGGAGUUGAAGCUGCGUCUACGCUUGCUUUGCAUUUAUCUUCUUCCAGGUUUUCCUCACUGCCAUCCGCAGACCUUUGGACAAAUUGCGAGGUGCAUCAUAUUUGCCCGCAGCCCGUUUGGACUUUGCCAACCUAUCUCCCACAGACCGUGACUAGUCCUGAUUCGAGAGGGAAAGGAAGUGUUUCAUUUCUCCCGCUUGACCUGGUCAUGUAUGAUCUGUGUCGACGACCGGCAGGGCCCGUGGAAUACUCUGUCGGACCUGUCUCUUCACAGCAGGCUGCUAAGGUGACCGAAUACCUCCGUUCACUGCUCAGUAUGGACAAUGCAAGUCUUGGGCAUGAGAAGCCCCUUCAGGAUAAAGAGACACGAAUUCCUAGACCUCCCUGGGUGGCUAUAAGUGAUGACUACACGGAAUUUGUUCGCUCAGGAACGAUAUCAGUCACCACCGGUCGAGUCAGUGCCGUACGGUAUUCCUCAUCUGGGCUGGCAAAGAUCGAACUCAAACUCCCAGAUGGGAAAAACACUAUUCUGGACGAUGUCGCUGUUAUCGUGAUGUCCACGGGCUUUUCUCCAUUUGAUUCCCUUUCGUUUUUGCCCCCUGAUAUCCUUUCGACGUUGGAGUAUUCCGAGCACGACAUAUUUUGCCCUGUAAUCCUCGACAAGGGCGGCAGCAUGCAUUCCAAUAUGCCUGAUCUGGGAUUUGUUGGGUUCUACCGUGGUCCGUACUGGGGUGUAAUGGAAAUGCAAGCUCGAAGUCUGGGACAGAAUUGGGCCCGUGAGGAAGAAGGAACACCUCCUGAGACGGAACUGACAGAUAAACGGAAACGAGAGGAUGAAAGGGAGCGCUUGCGUGCUCUUCGACAAGCUAACCCUGAACACCAACGCGGUCAGUUCCCAAUGGGUGAUUAUGUAGGGUUGAUGGAGUCAUUCGGCAGGGACCUGGAAAUAUCCCGCACGGAGAUUUUUGACUGCGAUGUUCCCGAACGGAAGGGUCCCGUCAUACCUGCCAGGUAUCCGUUUCAUAAGAAUAGUUGUCGAGCUUCUUCAUCAUCGACUCCCCAGGAUAUAGACAGAGAGUCUCAGAUGGCAACCACUCUCAACUCUCUCCGACUCACGCUGUCUUCUGAACAGAAUAUAUUCGGACCAGCAUUACCACGGGCAAUCUUCCGGGCUCUUCACGGUACAUGGAUAUUUUCUCGGACAGUAUACAGAAGCCAGAACGGCAAUAACCCAUCCACGUCCGAAAAAGGAAGGAACCGAGUACGGGACAUUACUGGCACAGCAACAUUCCACCCUUGCUACCCAUCAUCCGAAAUGUACUCAAAAGAAUACAUUUACGAAGAGCAAGGUGGACAUGCCGACCCGACAGCUACUGACACAGAGAAGAAGAAUAUAAAUCCUAUCAGAUCCAUCUACCGCUUUCGAGAAAGCAUACCCAGAUCCGAGUAUGGCAAGAACAACUCCUAUAUCAGCAUCUGGUCAACGAAUACGGAUAAGAGCAACAGCCCCAUAUUCUCUCACGCUAUAGACUUUACCUCUUCUCUCCAAAGGAUGGAACACGGGGAAACUAUCCCGGGGGAAUACGUAGUUCGAGCUCGUGCAAGAACGACUGCUGUCCAGGGUGAUGCUGGAUUGGGCAGCGAUACCUAUCCUGAGAAUCAUGACUACGACUGCGACUAUAAAUUUCUGUCUCGGGGAGUGGAGAUCACUUCGUGGGAAUGUACAUUUACCGGGAGUAAUGGGGAAAGAGGGCAAGAUGGGACAUCCAGGAAUAUGAUCCACACGAAGACGUUUUACCGGCGGUAAUGGACAAGAUCAAUUAUCUGUUUACACUGAGAUGUAUGUAGUAGAAUCAUGCGAGAACAGAUAACCAAGGGGAUCAUUUAUUUCAUUAUUGUAUGGAAAGUAUCCUCCUAAAAACA